CCGCCCACAGCGGGCGCUUCGCAGCGGAGCAUCUUGCUUUCUUGUCUCACCCGACGAAUACUUAGUUGAUAAACAGCGCUUAGGGGCUGAAGUUUUAUUUUUAAAGGGAGCCUAUGGGUUGGCACGGUUGCGUUCGUCGAAGUUGCAUUGAGCGUUUAAAUGUGUGAGAACGGUCGCGGAAAUUAUAAUGCGGCUGAACUAACUCACAGUUAGGACUGAGAAGAACAAGCUGCACGUGCCUGUCUUCAUCUCAACUAAACCAUGGGGUCCUUUCGAAAGCCCAGGCCCCGUUUCAUGAGCUCGCCUGUGCUGUCCGACCUUGCCCGCUUUCAUGCCAGCUCGCCAGCACUGCAGCUGUCCAAUGCUAGUGUUUGGAACAGCGUUCAGACGGCUGUAAUUAAAGUCUUCCAAGGUGGGGGGCUACAGGCCAAUGAGCUCUACACUCUGAACGAAAGCAUAAGAUGGCUUUUAAGGACCGAGCUGGGAUCAUUUAUCACUGAGUACUUUCAGGAUCAGCUCUUGAAUAAGGGUCUGACGUACAUUUUGGAGAAGAUUCAGCUUCACAACGAUGAGACUCGUCUCCAAGCACUGUCUGAGAUGUGGGUGAGGUUUUUCACAGACGUCCUGCCAACUCUUCAAGCUAUUUUCUACCCUGUGCAGGGUCAGGAGUUGACUGUGAGGCAAAUGGCUCUUCUAGGCUUCAGGAACAUGGUUCUAUUGAAGCUUCCUGUGGAGAAUAUGUUUCAGUGCUCCUCGUAUCCUCCUCCAGUCACACAGAUGCUGCUCAUCCUGCAGGGCAUUCAUGAGCCUAAUGGACCUACGCAAGAGUAUUUCCGGCUUGAGAGGCUAGUGGACAUGGUUAUAUCUCCCUACCUGAGUAACUACCUCUACAUGAACCCUAGCAAUUCAUCUUCAUCUUCAGAGGAUCAUCUGGAAGGCCUGAGGUUGGUUGCCGCUCCGCACCUCAGUCAACCUGAGAUUAUGGUGACACACUUUGCCCACGAGUCUUUCCUGGCACCUCUAAUCGAACACGAGGGUGAAGCCUAUUUGGAAAGGACCGGCGGCGUCCGACGCCACACAGUCGCCAAUGUGCAUUCGGACAUCCAGCUCCUGUCCGUGAAAAACAGGAUGCGUUCAGAAAAAAUGGAGGUCAGUGGAGCAGCCAGGAUGACCAAGACAGAGAGCAAAAGGACGCCUAAUACUUUCUGCAGUGAACCGGCCUUUUCUGGCCCCCGGCCAGGUGGCGUGGAAAUCCUCCGAGGGCAAAGCACCGCAGAGAUGAAGUGUGGCCUAACUAGUUAAAAAAAAAGCCUCUUUCUCGUGCUCUCGAAACGCCCACCGACAUCUUGUGAAGUCACAAUAACUGAAACAAGCUAGGACGUGUUCGCUUAAUACAGCGUGGACGUGCUGCGGAAACGUGAGCUUUUUUUUGUGCGCUAACUACUGUUUGGCCUGUCGGUUUAGCCUGUUUUUAGGGUAGAGGGUGAUUUAAAGAAGCUUUCUCGAGGUGGUAAAGCAGUGUGUACGAACACUGUAACAAAAACACAGCAGACAGCACACUGAGACAAACUAAAGGCACUUCGUAACACUUAACACCUUUAUCGUCUCUUUCUUCAGCGGCUAGUGGAAACUAAACAUGCUGACAUGAAGAAAACUCCGACUUUUAGCCUUUUCGUGAAUGUUUUGUUGUAAAUGUUUUUAAUAUUUAAAAAUUGUAAUUUAAAAUAAUUCAAAAAAGGAAGUUCAUUCAGUGUGUGGGAGUGUGUACAAUAAUGUAUAUUUUUGCAUUUAAGUGUUUUUUGAAAUGGUUUUGGCAUUUUAACGCUGGACUGCGCGUGUAAGGUUUGAGCAGAGGUCUUUAGAGGUCCAUGUGAGCAUUUCUUUUCGGCUCUGGCACGCAGUUUAGAGUCCCUUCAGCAGAUUAGCUGUUAAGGAGCUUUAGAUGCUGUUUUCAACGUCAACAUCACCUCAGAAAACCUUUGUGGCGCUGUUUCAGCGUGUGAACUGCCAAAGAGCUUUAUCACAAGGACUUUUGACCUUGGAGCAGAUGGUUAUGUGUUAAUCAGAGACAAUGUUUUGUUGCUUUUUUUUUUUUUUGCUUUUUUUUACUUUAUUUUUAAAUUAGGUUAUAGGAAUUUCGAGUGAAAAUAAUCACAAUGCAAAAGGAAGUCUUACUGGUUAAAACAAAGUAACCUGUAAAAGAUUAAAUAUCCGUUACUGGGUUUUUUUUUUUUAGAUCUGGCAGAAGUAGCCAGACUCAUUGAGGAAGUUUUCUCUUCUGACUGCCACUGGAAGGAAGUUCACUGUAAUCGUAUUUGAGUUGAUCAGUUCAGUGAGGCUUUCCUAUUAAGAAGAUAGGGAAAUUGUGCAGCCGAAGGGCAUAAAUACACGGGACGUGAGAAGAAAAAAUGCACCGGUCUUUGAUGCCAUCUUCUGGAUGCUUUGCUCGAUUGCAACUAACAAUAAAUACAAAUUUCUGGGUAUUA